AUGCUGAUCGAGGACCAGCGGUUCAUUCACGAAGAUUUGGAGAGACUUGAGCAGGGAAUCAGUGAUCGCGUCUCAGAUGAACCCCGAAAUAUUCGAGACCGGUUAAACCGAGAUCAUCAAAUUUCAGGCUUUCUUAACCGUAUCCAACAACAAUCGGAAAGGCUAUUAGAUAUCUACAAAGAUGUGGAAGGUCUGCGAGCGAAGGAAGUACAGGCUAUAUCGACUGGAGAGCCCUUCGAUGAAUUCUACAAACGAUUAGAUGAAAUUAAAGAUUUCCAUCGACGAUACCCUAAUGAACCCGUUGAGAACCUUGAGCGAGCAUAUAAGAGGCGACACCCCGGUGAAAAUGAGGGAUUCGGAAUGGAAGUGGAGAAUAUGUUCUCUGGAGAAGAAUCGUACGGCCAGUUUUUCGACCUCACGAAGAUCCAUGAAGACUACCUGAAUUUGCCUGGGGUGAAGAGACUCACAUACCUACAAUACCUUGACCUAUUCGACGUGUUCACGCAGCCCCAACUACCCAUCAAACGGAGCAACAAACUUACCGAUAAGUAUUUCCAGUAUGUCGGAGAUCUUGCCGCGUACUUAGAGAGUUUUAUCAAACGGGUUAAACCUUUGGAACCUCUCGACAAACUUUUCAACGGCUACGACGGAGAGUUCGAAAAGCUAUGGCGAGAAAACAAAGUUCCUGGAUGGGAAGAAGAAACCACAGCAGAAACCAUCUCCGGUCCCAAGACUGAAGGAACUGGUGAGGGAAUUUGGUGUCCAGAUUGCGAGAGAGAAUUCAAAAACCACAAUGUCUACAAGAAUCAUCUCACCGGGAAAAAGCACAUUCGCGCUGCGGAGGCCCGUAAAGCCGAUGGGUCCUCCAACGCUUCCACGCCCCAUCCAAAUGGUGACACUGGUGGCGUUGUCGCCGCGGGCCGUCGCCUGAAGGAGCGUGCAAUUGCUGAAAGAGAACACCGUGUACGAUCGCUGGCCGCAACUCUAAAAGAAGAAAGACAAGCUACACGGGUUAAUGUGGAACGGAAACAGGGAAUGACAGAGAGAGAACGGCAGAUGGAGCUCGAUGCUCUCUUUGCAGAGAGUGCAGAACCACCGGAAAUACGGCAUGGGGAUUCAGAUUCUGAUAGUGACAGCGAGGAAAAAAUUUAUAAUCCCCUCAAGUUGCCGCUUGCAUGGGACGGCAAGCCUAUCCCAUACUGGCUCUACAAGCUGCACGGCUUGGGGGUGGAACUGCCUUGUGAAAUAUGCGGCAACUUCGUCUACAUGGGACGACGUGCUUUUGACAAGCACUUUUCGGAAGCUAGACAUAUCUACGGGCUACGAUGUCUUGGAAUUACACAGCAGACUAGCUUGUUCCGAGAGAUCACCAAGAUCGAGGAAGCGUUGAGACUCUGGGAAAAACUAGAACAGGAUCGGAAAAAGGAGAAGGAGUCUAGAGAAAAUGUGGUACAGAUGGAAGAUGCCGAAGGCAAUGUGAUGCCAGAACGAAUAUAUCUUGAGCGCGUCUCUCUGAGAAACCCAGAUCUUGCAACCAUUGAAAGCUGGUUUAGUCACUAUGCGAAGCAAAUCCAUGACGGAAAGAAGGAUCGUCUUGCUCUGCUAUCAUGUUUGUUUCCGGAAAGGCGCCCGGAGAGAGUAUUUGGUUUAAAGGAGCCGACGCUCGUCAAGGUUAUUGGUCGAUGUCUUCUUCUUGGGGUGACAAGGAGACAGGAAUUGGAUUCGUAUAGGACGUGCGGGGAUGGGGAUCUGGGGAAUUAUGUGGAAAGUGUGAUGAAACAAGCGGAGAAUGACAUCCAUGAGGAGUCUGGAGUAACUGUUGAAGAAAUCGACAAUGUCUUAAAUCAGAUUGCAUCCAGAUGUCGGUUCUCCGGCCCAGAUUUGAGGCGACAGCGAACAGCUGCAAACGUGGAUGAAGCACUGUCGCCAGUUUUUCGGCGGCUUACAAGUCGUGAAGCCAAGUGGUUUACAAGAAUUAUUUUGAAGGAUAUCAGCCCCAUAACCUUGCCUGCUCUCUUUGUCUUGCGAAAUUUUCACUUUCUUCUUCCGGAGUUGCUUCUAGUGCAGGAUUCUUUUGGGGCUGUGCUAGAUUUACUGAGCUGUGACCCUAUGAGACGAUUUCCUCCUCUCCCAGAUCCCCAAUAUGCUAAGCUUCAGGUUUCUUUUGCCGCAUCUCAUAUACCCCUUACCGUUGGAAUAAAGGUUGGAAGGCCAAUGUUUUACAAAGCCAGAGGGGUCAAACAUUGUUGCAAGAUGGCAGGAAGACGCACAAUGAGUGUGGAACGCAAAUAUGAUGGAGAGUAUUGCCAGAUACAUAUUAAUCUUGCCAAACGACCGAACUGCAUACAAAUUUUCUCAAAAAGUGGCAGAGACUCAACUGCGGACAGGAGCGGUGUUCAUUCCACUCUAAAGGAAUGCCUAAGGAUUGGAAAAUCCGGCAGCAAAAUUUCCCGGAACUGCAUUUUAGAGGGAGAACUUCUCGUCUGGAGUGAUGUGAAAUCGAAACUGCUGCCGUUUCAUAAACUUCGAAAACACGUUGCUAGAUCUGGCUCCUUCAUUGGGACAAAGAACGAUUACCAUCGGGGCCAGGUACGAUGCUCGCGAGAGGCGAUGAAAGUGGUGGAGGUAAAAGGCCUCACGUGGACUUCGUUCUUUGUAGGAUGCAGAGAGAAGAAUGGCAGAUCCUUCUACAAUUCGGGACCGGUAUUCCGCAUAGUAGACGUUGUCAACCGAAACAACAUGAACAUUCAACUCAUACGAACGCUAAAUCAAUUCUGCCAGUUUUGCAGUUGUGUUUUGGAUGAUGAGGAUCUUCCAUUUUCCAUCAGAAGCGAUCAAAUACAACUGCCUGAACCACAGGUUCUUUUCAAAACCCCUUUUGUGGUUGAGAUGCUAGGAAGUGGUUUUAAGAGAUCUCCAGGUGUAAACUAUUUCACAUUACGAUUUCCCCGGGUUCUGAAGAUACAUAACGACCGGGAUGUUGAGUACGCUACAACCUUAGAGGAACUGCAGAUGUUGGCAAAAGAGGCCAGCUCAGUCCCGACGGAUGAACUAUCGCAGGAGUGCAUCCGGUGGGAGGAAAAGAUAGAAGCUGCAGAUGGCAACCCCGGAUAUAUCAUGGAUGCGUCAGAGCAAUCGUCCAUGUCUGUGGCCUUAAGACUCUCACCAACGGAAGAUAUUUUACCUGAAUUACCACAUAGUACAGAGAUAGCUCCCUCGGCGCCAGCACUUUCGUCACCAAAACCAACAGAAAUUAGUAUUUGCCAAAGUGCUCCGAGAAAUGCAAGCCAGAAACGAUUUAAAAGAUUGAGAUCACAAUCACCUUGCAUCAUAAUACAUGCAGACAAUACGUAUACAAUGACGAACACCAACAUUUCAAAUUCACAGGAGGACCCGAUGAGUCGCCAUUUGGCAAAUCUCACCAACCUAUCCCAAUCCAAUACAAAUCAAACCAACCACUGUUUCUCUGAUAGUCAGAGCGUAAUGGAUUUGACAACAAUCCCCAACUGUCAAGUAGAAUGUAUGGCAACCCCUGGACAGUGUACAGAAGUCGAAUCACAGGGUUCACUUGAACCAGGCCAGCAAGCUGCAAGCCAAUCAUGUAGCCAGCAUCAACUACCCCUUAAAGUCAAUGUUGGCUUCAAGCGGAGAAAGCUAUCAGCACAGGCAUCUGUCAGUUUGGACGGCAUGAUCGGGUCUACCAACCUCUCUCUCAGACCCCCAGCCUUCCUAUCUGAAACACCCAUCCUGAUAGGAACUGGAGUAUGUCAUAAUGGGAUUCACCGCAUUUUCCACAAUGCAAAUCAACACCUCACUUCCUCCUUCGCUGAUUUCCUCGACAGCGUCCUAGAUACAAGAUCAUCCCCCAGCAAUCCCAUUGGUCACUUCCCUCAAAUUAAGCUUCCCCGCGAACUUCCAUGCUGCCACGGCAUUGUCCUCGUCAAGUCCAAUGCUCUUGACGUAACGCAGACAGCUUCGGACAUUGCGCAGAUCGGCAAUUUGCUUGCCGCCAAACAACGUGUUGGGACUACUUCCAGUUCAAAGACAUUAUUCGAGCACGGCCUAAUUGAAAAUAGUAAAGUGAAGCAGUUCGAGGGAAUUCGAGAACAGUGGGAGAAGGUUGGGAAAAAGGCUUUCGCUGGGUGCUUGAAGUGGGGAUACGGUAUGACCUCUCCUCGACGGAAGCGGAAACAGAGAAUUUUCGAUCAUGAAGUUGAUGGGAAAGCUGGGGAGAAUGGUCGCUUGGGUGUAGCUUCUUCUUCCUCCCCGCCCACGGAUGUGGAUGUUCAGUUAAGCUUGUAUUGGAGGGAGAUAUUAUCGUUGCUUUUGGUUUAA